GAGGAGCUGCACCAGCACAGGUGAGGUGAGACGACAGACGUCACGUGACCAGAGGUUCAACGUCCAGGUGAGACGGCGGGAGUCAGACAGACAGCUGCUGUUCGUGACAGAACACACAGCAAACAACGAGCUGGCAUGUAGUUCACGGAAUAAAUCUCUUCAUCAUGAAUUCAAGCGGUGGAUCAAGCCUAUCAGGCGAUGAAGAUAAGACUACUAUUUUAUCUUGGAUCUACAUCUCGACUUUAAGUUUAAGUCUGAUAGGUAGUUGUUCGGUCAUUGUGGUUUCCAUCAUAAAGAGAAGGCAUCUCAAUGAACAGGCAAAGCCUCUUCUUCAGCUGACACUGGCAGAUUUCCUGGCAUCGCUUGUUUUGAUGAUCACAGCCAUAAUUAAUUUACCCCAUAAAAUUUGGUCGUUCAGUGGAGAGAUGUGCAACUAUGGAUUGCCUUUGUCUUUGGCCUUCUACUGCGUCUCGUUUCUGCUUGUCAUCAUUUAUGCCUGUGAGUCAGCGCAUGCGUUUCAAGGAUGGAGGGAAAAACCAGUGCAGGAAGCCUUUGAAACCCAGUUAGCACAGUUAUCACUCAGAAGGAGGAGGUUUUGUCUGACCUAUGUUAUUGCGUGGCUUGUACCAAUAAUUGGAUACUUUAUCUACAUUCGUACCGUCCAUUAUAUGGAAGCUACUGUUACGCCAGCACAGAUGCCAACCGUCAGCAGUGGAUCCACCGCCAGGUUCUGCAACAGCUGCAUUCUCUUCCUGCAUCUCACAAAUGACUCUUGCAUAACAGUGGAUGCAGCUCAUGCUAAGUUCAUUCAAAUUUUCACAUUGAGCAGUGUGUUGACAGUCAUCAUCGUCUGCACAGUGGUGUACUGUAAGUUAGAGAGCUCUUAUAGGCGCUAUGAGAACACAAGCCUGAUCUCAAGGAUACAGAGACAUCCAGGUGGGAUUUGGCCUUCGGCUCGAUAUAUGAUCCUUGUUAUCAUUUUCUGCUGGGUACCAGCUCUGCUUCUCAUCUGUCUGUCUUUCGCACAACCUAGGAUAAAACCUCUCUUCCCUCUCUUUGUCAUACAGGCGCUGUCAGUGUCACUCCAGGGUUUUCUGAACAGUAUUGUGUACGCAUGGAGACGACGCAAUUUCAGAGACGCCGUGCUGGGGGAACGUAUGCCUCUCAUGGCAAAAGCCUUCUUUGACCAAUCGUUAAAUGAGCCAUCAUGAAAUCACAGAAAUCAUGUACAUGUUAUGUGUGUAAAAACAUAUGAGUUUUCUUUUACAAAUAUGUUUGCUUAAAUGUUUUCUAUUUAUUUUUACAUAUAUAUUUGUGAUAACCGUUGAUAGGAAAUGUUAUAUAUUUUGCUGCCUGCAGAACAGUAGUCUACUUAAAAUACAUAAAACAAUA